AUGGUGUACAACAAUGCAGCAGAGUCGAACGUGUAUACAAAGAAACGACCGAACGAGUGGCUUGGUUGGCAUGCAGUCGAUGACGCUUCUACGAGGGAGCUAGGUGCUGCCGGCGGGUGUUCUGAUCAAAGGUUCGCAGCUCUGACGAGCAUCGGCGAUUGCAUCAACCAGAACGAGCUCAAGCAGCUACUGGAAACGAAAACUGCCCCCGUUUGCUACGUCUGGUGUGAUUCCUCCCCCUCUAUGCAUAUAACCCAGGGGAUCUCCGUGACGGUAAAUGUCAACAAGAUGAUCAAAGCCGGUUGCAGAGUGAAGAUCCUGAUGGCAGAUUGGCUUGCUCGGCUGGACCCGGAGGACACUGGUGGCAGGUUUGGUGGCGAUCUAACAGAGAUGAAGGAACUUGGCUCGUACAACCUUGAGGUCUGGAAAGCAGCCGGCAUGGAUCUCGACGGGGUAGAGCCCGUGUGGCUGUCGGACGGAAUAAGUCGCAACGAAAACGUAUACUGGCCGCUUACCAUGGAUGUUGCGAGAGUAAGCAAGCUGGGUGGAAUAAAAAGGUUUCUCCGUUUCCACGCGUCCAAACAUACAAAGGGCUACGGGAGCAUCGAUCGGUACGCGCGGAGAGACUUUAACGCCGCUGAGAUACUGUCUCCCUGCCUGCAGAGCGCCGGGAUGCUCCUGUUUCCCGAGGCGGACAUGUGGCUGCUGAGCCUGGAUCAGCGCGGGGCACACAUGUUAGCUAGAGAGUACUGCGAUGCCCGGGGGAAGGGCGAUAGGCGGCCGGUUGCUUUGUUCAACAGUGUGCUGCCUAACUUGCUAGAAAUCCCUGAGAUGGAAAUGUGCGGCGAUUCGAGAUGGGCCGUCUUCAUGGAAGAUAGUGAGCAUGCCAUCGGUAGGGCAAUGAGGAAAGCUUUCUGCCCUCCAGGAUCUGUACAAGGCAACCCGUGCUUGGAGUACAUCCAGCAUAUAAUCCUACCUUGGUUCGGAAAGUUUGAGGUGGUUCGGAGGGGUGAGGACGGUGGCAACAAGACGUUUGUGAGCAUGGAAGAGUUUGCUGCCGAUUAUAAAAGUGGCGCUCUGCAUCCUCCCGACGUGAAGCAGGCCCUUGAGAGGGCACUAAACAUGAUGCUGCAGCCCGUUCGAGAUCACUUCAGAAACAAGGCUGAAGCAAUGCAAGAUAGAGUGAGAUGCAAAGGAGGUGCUACCUCUGAUUCAAAUUAG